GUUCUCACGGCGGAGUCCGCUCCUCAUCUCUCCCCUCGCAUUAUGGAAAGUGAAUUAAGCCACCUGUGGUACGUCGGUCACCGACACGAUUUCAGAAACAGACAGCAAACCGCCUGGUUGUAAGUAAAGAGUUCUGGGAGACGGUCGUGUACCUCUGGAUGAAGACUUUUUAACGGAUGGUGAAGGAGCUGAAGUCAAGCUGGUUGUGAAGGUGCUGGACUUGUUCCCCCCUACGCCCCAAGCCGGACACAGCAUGGCGGCGGGAGUAGCGGCAUGGCUUCCGUUUGCGCGGGCAGCCGCCAUCGGCUGGAUGCCCGUGGCCAACUUGCCCAUGCCUGUAGCGCCCGCUGAAAAGAACAAGAGACAGGAUGAGCUCAUAGUUCUCAACGUCAGUGGACGGCGCUUCCAGACCUGGAGGAACACGCUGGACCGUUAUCCAGACACGCUGCUCGGCAGCUCGGAGAAGGAGUUCUUCUACAACGAAGACACCAAAGAGUACUUCUUUGACCGUGACCCCGAUGUGUUUCGCAGCGUGCUCAACUUCUACCGCACGGGCAAGCUCCACUAUCCACGCUACGAGUGCAUCUCCUCUUACGAUGAAGAGCUGGCCUUUUUUGGUAUCGUACCAGAGAUCAUUGGAGACUGCUGCUAUGAAGAGUACAAGGACAGGAAGAGGGAGAACGCGGAGCGCCUCAUGGAUGACCAAGAGGACAACAAAGAUGCUAAGCUACCCAACAUGACCUUUAGAGAGACCAUGUGGCGGGCCUUUGAGAACCCACACACUUCCACCAUGGCCCUGGUCUUCUACUAUGUCACUGGCUUCUUUAUUGCUGUCUCUGUUAUCACUAAUGUUGUAGAGACAGUGCCCUGUGGUACAGUGCCCAACCAGAAGGAGGUGCCAUGUGGCGAGCGCUACACAGUGGCCUUUUUCUGCAUGGACACAGCCUGCGUGAUGAUCUUCACCGUGGAGUACCUGAUGCGUCUAUACGCUGCGCCCAACCGCUAUCGAUUCAUGAGGUCUGUCAUGAGCAUCAUUGACGUGGUGGCCAUCUUGCCGUACUACAUCGGCCUGGUGAUGACCGACAACGAGGACGUGAGCGGGGCUUUCGUGACACUUCGCGUUUUCCGAGUGUUCCGAAUCUUUAAGUUCUCGCGUCACUCGCAGGGCCUGCGCAUCCUGGGCUACACGCUGAAGAGCUGUGCCUCGGAGCUGGGAUUCCUGCUCUUCUCCCUUACAAUGGCCAUAAUUAUCUUUGCUACUGUCAUGUUCUACGCAGAGAAGGGUUCAAGCUCCAGCAAAUUCACCAGCAUCCCGGCUUCCUUCUGGUACACCAUUGUUACUAUGACAACACUUGGCUAUGGAGACAUGGUCCCGAAGACGAUUGCAGGGAAGAUCUUUGGKUCCAUCUGCUCUCUGAGUGGGGUGCUGGUAAUUGCCCUCCCUGUGCCUGUCAUCGUGUCCAACUUCAGCCGUAUCUAUCACCAGAACCAGAGGGCAGACAAGCGGCGGGCGCAGAAGAUGCAGAAAGCCCGUCUGGCCAGGAUACGACUAUCCAAGACGGGAAGCUCGAGUGCCUUCCUCCACAGCAAGCGCAACGGUCUGUUCAAUGAAGUUCUCGAGCUCACGAACCAUGAGUUCGUGGAUGAACAGUAUUAUCAGCAGAGCUACUUGGAGGCGGGGCUGCAGAAUUACCCAUCCCGAAGCCCCUCCCUCUCCAGCCAGGAAGGCGUGACGGGGACGUGCUGCACCCGCCGAAGUAAGAAGCGCCACAGCCCUUUACCGAACGCCAGCGCUCCAGCACACAUGCAGCCUUUGACACACACGCACACACACCAACAAGGUCUGCAGGAGCUCAGCGCCAUCCACAUCCAGCCCCUCAGCACCAGCCGCUCCAGUCUAAACAUGCGCAUAGAUGAGCCAGCCCCUCUGAACUGCCAGAGCAGCCAGAUCACCACAGCAAUCAUCAGCAUUCCCACGCCGCCAGUGACGACUCCGGAGGGCGACGCCCAUCUGCCCGCCGGCCCCGCCCACCAAAACAUUGUGAAGGUGUCCGCACUGUGAGGACUUAAGGCUGCAGGCAGGCGCAUUACACACAAAAAAAAAA